UAGCAAUCCAAGCCACGAAAGACUCUUGCCAGUGGUGGGAAGUAAUUGGCGAAGUUUGUGACGUGGUCGGAAAAAAAACGCAGCUCAGAACCAACAGAUAGGGCAACAUUUAAUUACGUUUUGCAGAGAAGAGCUGAUCCGGCUAAAGAUAAUUUUAGUAAAAUGAAAAAUGGAAGCAGUUGGAAGUGGUUUAACGUUGCUAGGUAGAACUGAAUGAACGGUUUUCCUCUGGAAAGGGCAUUUUGGACCAUGUUGUUAAUAGCUCUGAUGUAAGUGUUUGUGUUUGCAGCAGAAGCCCUCUUGGAGUCCCAGUGGUUUUUGUUCUUAGAAUAGCGUAGAAGUCACCUACAUUCAGAAAGUAGCAUGGUGAGAGAGAGAACAACCCGACUCCAAGGCAGUUCCGUGGGCAAAGGACAGUUGGAUCAGCUGCAGCCUCAGGCUCCUUCCUCCACCAGCAGGUCUCCGAUUACCUUAUUAGUGUUGUAAGAAGAAGAAAUUAUUUUUACAAAAAAAAAUUAUUUUAGAGAAAAGGAGUAGCUGUAGUCCCAGAGGGUGGACUUACAGAAGCAGGAUGUGAUGGCAAGAUGGCAGGCUUUAGGGUAUUUGAAGUAAGGAAGUCUGGCUUUGAAUCUGGCUCUUGAGCAUUACAGCUGCAGUUUUCCUACUUCUCCAGUGCAGAUUACGUCUACCUUAUAGUUACAAGCAUUUAACAACCGUAUCAGGGUAGAAGCUACUGUCAAGUUCAGUUUCCUCCCCCUCAGUUCCCAACAAACGGCAGAACUGAUCUCCACCCUCCUCUUCACUCCAUCCCCAAGCAACUUGGAGCCUUAAUAGAAUCUACACAUUUGGUCAACAGUUCUCAAGUCCUGUGGCUGAAGGUGUCCUCAUGACUUCUCUUGUGGACCAUGUCCAUGAUCUUUUUUGCCUGCGUGGUACGGGUAAGGGAUGGACUGCCUCUCUCGGCCUCUACUGAUUUUUACCACACCCAGGAUUUUCUGGAAUGGAAGAGACGGCUCAAGACUUUAGGCCUGCGACUGGCCCAGUAUCCAGGUCGAGGCUCUGCAGAAGGCCGUGACUUUAGUAUACAUUUUUCUUCUUUCGGAGACGUGGCCUGCAUGGCUAUCUGCUCCUGCCAGUGCCCAGCAGCCAUGGCCUUCUGCUUCCUGGAGACGCUGUGGUGGGAAUUCACGGCUUCCUAUGACACCACCUGCAUUGGCCUAGCCUCCAGGCCAUACGCUUUUCUUGAGUUUGACAGCAUCAUUCAGAAAAUGAAGUGGCAUUUUAACUGUGUAAGUUCCUCUCAGAUGGAGAGCAGCCUGCAAAAAAUUCAUGAGGAGCUCAGGUCGCAGCCUCCAGUGGUUCUCACUCUGGAGGACACAGAUGUGGCAAAUGGGGUGAUGAACGGCCACACACCGAUGCACUUGGAGCCUGCUCCUAAUUUCCGAAUGGAACCAGUGACAGCCCUGGGCAUCCUCUCCCUCAUUCUCAACAUCAUGUGUGCCGCCCUGAAUCUCAUUCGUGGAGUUCACCUUGCAGAACAUUCUUUACAGGUUGCCCAUGAGGAGAUGGGAAACAUUCUGGCUUUUCUUGUUCCUUUUGGAGCCUGCAUUUUCCAGUGUUAUUUGUACCUGUUCUACAGUCCAGCCAGGACUAUGAAGGUGGUGCUGCUGCUACUCUUUAUUUGCCUGGGCAACAUGUACCUGCACGGGCUGAGGAACCUUUGGCAAAUCCUUUUCCACAUAGGAGUGGCUGUUCUGUCUUCGUAUCAGAUACUAACAAGGCAGCUUCAGGAGAAGCAGUCUGACUGUGGAGUAUGAGGAUGACACUGUGAUGAAUGGAUUCUUUGAUUUUCUUUUGAGAAUCAUUCUCUGUUUCUCUUUCUGCUUCUCUACUUUACACUCCAGUUUCCAUCCAUCCUUUUCAGCCAACUGGACUGAACAGCGAGGAAUUGGGGAUGUUACACAGUUGCAGGGAAGUCAUGAGGCCACCGGAUACCCAGCCUUGGUUCUGCGCCGAGCACGACUGCAGGGUCUGCAGUUCAGCACGUUUACUUAGGAUAGCUCGGAAAGAGCUUUGCUGGAAGAGCCGAAAGGAAAUAGUUUGGUCUUUUAAACUGAAUGAUGCAGUAAGCCACGAGUUUCAGUAACACUGGUUUUAGUAAUUGGCAGUUGUCUUCAAGGAACCACUUUAAAAUCCAGAUCAGCUUCAGUCUAAAUAUAAAUUGGUUAGGCUUUUUUUUUUUUUUUUUUCCCAGAGGGUCAGGACAGGGUGAAUUAAAAACCUAAAAAUAUGGUUCGUAAAUAAAAGCUAGAUAAAUUUUGUUUACAUUUUUUUGAUAUCUUAGGUUUGAUAUACCUUUGGAAUAUUUAAAUAUAUUUUGGAUAUAAUUUGGACUUCAUUUAGGGUGGGCAAACAAGCUGAGAAAAUGGUUAAGAAAUCUAGGUUAAUUUAAUUUAUAUGUACUCUUUUAUGGUGGUGGAACUGUGUGGCUCCAGGAAUGUAAUAUAUUUAUUUGCAGGAUAUAUCUGAAUACUUUUAUAAUUAAUUGAAUAACAAGUACUAGAUGAUAAGUUUAUCAGCAUGAGCAGAAAUGAGAAUUUCAGGAUUCUUCACAGUUGGCCACAGCCUGGAGUAGAUGAACGUGCAUUCCGUGGCACGUUACAGACCAGCUGGAGACGCUGCUCUCAUCAGCCUUUUCAGUAGAGCUGAGAGCCUGUUGUUCUAAUGACGAUGACUGCUGCACCCUGUGUGCAGGUUCCCAGAACGCCUCCAAAAUUAAUCACUCCUCUGCAACUUUCCCAUCAUUUAAUUAGCUUGAGGGCCUCGUUUUUGAUGAACAAGAGUUAAAUAGCUGUUAACUUUUUAAAGCUUUAUAGAGAUAUAAUUAACACAUACUCUGGAAAGUUACUUUCUUUCAUUGUCAAAAAAUUGAUUGAUCAUAGUUUUCCAAAAUAUGGUUCUGGGUAAGAUCCCUUAGGUCUCCCAGAAUUUCAGCUUGGCCUGUUUAGUGCCACUCCGGAGGCCAUUUUGGGAGUCUGCUGUUUGGAUUGCUCUCGGCAGAAGUCUGGAAUCUGAAUAGUUCAACCACAGUUGCAUGGAACACUUUUAGUUGAAUUAUGUAGUCCUAAUACGUUUUUAAAAAAUCUUAUUUUGAUAGUUGUUAAAAGUGGAACACCAUUACAAGAGCUGAGUGGCGAGGGAGAGUCAGGCGUAGUUUUAGGAAGUUGAGUGGCAUUUGGUUAUCACUGGUGGUGUUCAGCUACCUUGGUAUCAUUUUAAGAAAAACGAAUUUAUAUACUGGGAACUAUGUUGGGAAAAUGUUGCCAUAGUAACUUUAUUUUUUAUAACAGAAUUUUCUAUUUUUGGCCAAACGUAGAAUAUCUGGAUAUGGGCCGGGCACGGUGGCUCAUGCCUGUGCUCCCAGGACCUUGGAAAGCCAGAGCAGGACAGUCAGUUGAGGCCAGUUGUUUGAGACCAACCUGGAAAACACAGUAAGACCCAUCUCUACAAAAACAAACAAACAGCAACAAAAAAGUUAGCCGGAUGUGAUGCACAUGCCUGUAAUCCCAGCACUUUGGGAGGCCGGGAUUCAGUGAGCUGUAAUCACCCCACUGCACCCUGGCCUGCGUGACAGAGUGAAACCCUGUGUAAAAAGCCUGGAUGGGAAGAUUAUAUUGGCAGCAUGCUCAGACAUAAACUCCAACGCUGUCUCUCCAUUGAUUUCACAUCUGCAUAAUUUUCUGCAUACCCAGCAGGCAAAUUUUCAGUCUUUCUGGGAGACAGUUUUGAAGACAUGGUGAAAUAAAAUGGGAAGUUAAGGAGGGGAGGAAAAUCAUUUUAAAUGAGAAGCACAAAAAAGCUUUAAAGUUGAUAAGAACAGCUUGAAAAUGGACUGUUUUCUUUUUAAGCCAGUGUGGCAUUGGGUUGCCGUGUAGACCUGUAUCCCGGGUGCUUUGGGCAUCUGAGCCUACGGUCCGUAUUCAGCAGGCAGUAAAGAAAUGGUCCCUGAAGAUGAGUCCUUCAUGGUAACGCUUCCUGACCUCUGAGGCCUACCUGAAUGUGUGGAUAUCUGUUAACAUCUGUAUGGGGUGAGAUUGACUUUUGCAAACAAAAGGGAAAAGAGGCACUAGGAAAACAGUACAAAUAAUGACCACAACAUUGAUUGAAAUCCCGUCGGCUAAAAGAAUCCUCCACUCACUGAAGGAGGACUGAUAAUAGGAAGGAAGUCCUGGUGAUUUCAUCCUGGGGAAUCCACAGGCUUAGGUUUGACUGGGUUCUGGGUCAGAGGUUUAUAACCUCCUGUGUGACCCUCCCUACCAGCACGCUGGUUCCAAAUCUCAGGAGUUCCCUCACUCCACCACAGAUUCACUGCUGCAGCACUUUUGCUUUCCCGGUGGUUAAAUGCUUCUUGUGCAGCCGACCUCACUCGGCUGGAUCUGGGAGUAGAUGAAAUAGUGUUGGAAACAAAACUUUGAGGGUGCCUUCUGGUGUCAGAUGCUGCAAGGCCCUGAGCAUCAGAGUGUGUUAAGUCCUAGCUACUGUACCGGGCCAGAGUAUGCCUCAGUGCUCUUAGGAAGGGUUUCCCAACCAAGGGGCCGAAGCCCAAAAGCUUUCCCCUUCCCUAGUAUGCUAGGGAAGGAAGCGUGUACGUCUGUUUUCCCCCAUGAGGCUAGACUGACAGUGAUAUGGACUGUGCUUGGCUUUCCUCUUCCUGAGUGGAGACAGCGGGGGCAUAUUCGGGUGGCAUUCCCACUGCCUGCAGCAGGAGGCACGUGACUGUGAGCUCCUGGUUUUGCUUUUUGGGCUUGUGCCCCUCUUUUCUGUGAACUCUGGAGAAUGCUGAAAUUAAAGCAUUAAAACAUUUUGAUCAAAUGAGCUUGAGCUCCUCUGUUCUUUUCUAGGUGCUUUCGUUCUCUGACUCUUGUGCCGCUUUCUACCUCUGCCCUGUACACUCCGGCUCGGAGACAGAGGCUGAAACUGGAGUGUGUGGAGGGAUGAGAAAGCCACCUUUAACUGGGUGGGUAGACAGGCUUCAGAGUGGGAGAAGACUGCAUUGAGGUUCAGCUCUCCACCCAUGCCUGGGAGUCAAGUCUUGGAGAGGAUGAACACUCUCGGUCAGCACAGCUCAGAAUCAGAGAUAACAAGGCAGGCCGUGUGAAGCACAGGAAGCAGGGUGUAGGCAGGGAGCAGAGCUGGGGCUUCUCCCUCUGCUGGAAGAUAGCAACUGCCCCUUGGCAUAUGGGGGCCGCAUGCUGCACCUUGCAGCCAGGGCCACCAUUUGCCCUUCUAUGAAAGUUGGCCACUCAUUGUAACAUGCAGGACAGUGGCCUUCUGAGAACCUGCUGCUUGCACAGUGCCGUGUGAGUGAGGACAGGCAGGAGUGGGAGUGUUCCUGGUGAUCAGAUGUGCCUUGCAAGCUGCUGUUCAGCCAUUGCUCACAUUCCACAUGUUUUUGCACAGAAUACUGCACAGGUCUGGGGAGCUCUGUCUGCACUGUGAGUAUUAAUAAUGGUGGAGGAAGGGCGUAGCUGUGCACUUGAGCGAUAACGUGAGGGAGAGCAGCAGCCAGCUGACUGUCAGCUGGCUAGGCUCUUCACCGAGUCCUGUGUCACCAUGCACAAAUCGUUGCCCAUCAGACCUUGGUUUCCUCAUCUGAUAAAUGGUGAUAACAUCAAUCUGCACCCCCGCUGCUGUUAUGAGGGUCAAAACGGGUAGUGGAGGGGAGUACUGGGUGAAUCCAUUGUGUGUGGGAGGGAUUUUUCUGCAUGCUUCAGGCAGCACAGCACAGCCGUUUCUCCUGGCUUUACAAAAAGGCAUUUUGUUAUACAGUGUAAAGGGCCUCAUUUUUUCACUCCAAAAGGUAGCAGCCCCUUGUCUUCCCACGCUGGACCUGACUUCUCCCUGGGCACAGAGCCCGUGGUACCAUUGGUGUCUGGUUUAUUCUGGGAUCCAGGGAGCUGGUUCUGCUGGUUGGGCCAAACCUCAUGAGCCAUCCCUGAUCCAAAUGAGAGGUCUGAUUCUCCCAUCUGGGAGCAGAGGGAAAUCUCAUCAGCAGGGAAGCUGUGGCAAAGGCCUUGUCAGUAAAUCUGGGAAUGGCUGGAUACGGAAACAUCUGCCCAUGUGUACUGAUGGCAGAGCUGUUCCCCACAAGAGCCUUUUAUUUAGGGUAAAAUUAACAAACCCAUUCUGUUCCUCCAACCCAUGCUUGGUACAUAUGACCUUCUUUAACCCUCACGUUUAUGUGAUUCUGGGGUUGCUUCAGAAGUGUUAUUUAGUGAAUCAUUCAUAUGAUUUGAUCCUCCAGGAUUCUAUUUUGUUUAACGGGCUUUUCUAUUAAGAGCAUAAAAUACUGAGGCUGAUUUAGUCAGGGUAAAACCAUUUACUUUGCAUAUUUUAAAUACCUGCUAUUCAUGUUACACAAGCUUCUUAACGGUUUUCUUGUAACAAUAAAUAUCUAUUUUGAGUAACUAAUGGGUACAUUUUAACAGACUCAUAUAGUAGUAUAACCUAAACUUGUAUAAAGUAUGUAAAAAUGUAUAGCCAUUUAUAUCCUAUGUAUACAUAAAUGAGGUGGCUUCAGAAAUGGCAGAAUAAAUAUAAAGUGUUUAUUAA